AUGAGCCUGUCGAAACUCAAUGCAUCGCUGGAGCCAGCAACAGACUUCAAAAGAGUGCCGUCGUACCGCGAGGUCACCCCCACGCCAGGCGCUUCCAACCCUGCCAGAGCGGCCACUCUCUCUCCUCCGUCCUACAACACCAAGGCCCAGCUGUCGUCACCAGUGGUAUCGACGUUCACGUCAGCAUCCACGCUUCUCCCCGUGGCUGGCUCAUCUCGGAGACGUUCCACCACCACAGCAUCUAUCGAUUCGCUCAACAUCCAGUCGAUCGAAAACAUCCGAAACCAAGCCAGUGCCGCCUUCAGCGGCUUCGGCUCCAACCGUUCCGAGUCCUCCAUCAACCCCGAGAGUCCGACAUGGCUUCUCAGCGACUUGCUCGCCAGUUUCAGCUCCGUCAAGGAUAUGGACGAGUACCAAAUCGUGGCCAAAGGAAACAGCUUAGUACAGUUGUUCCAGCAAAACCCUAACCUCAAGAACGACAUCCUCAUGAAAAACAUCCUUAACAAGAUCCUGUUCAUGUUCCAACACCAUGUCAGCGAGGUCCGCAGUGUGGGCUACCGCAUCCUUCGGUACCUCAUCUCCAACUACGAGUCUUUAGUGGUAUUGGUGCAGUACAAGGUACUCAUCUAUAUCAUCAUAACCAUGUCCACCACCAGAUCCUUGUUGGUGGAGAAGGAACAGGCAUUGAAGUUGAUCAGGGAGUUUUUGACCGUAGAAAAUGGCUCGGAUUAUCUCUCAAUUGGAGUGAUAAAAUCGUUGAUUGCACUAAUUGAGAGUAAUAACGAAUCCAUGGACACCUCCGAGGACUCAUUUAAAACUAUUUGCGUUGAAACUAUUUGUGAAAUUUCUUUAUUGAAACCAGAGUUGAUAUUCCACAGUGGUGGUUUCAAGAUAAUCAUCAACACAAUUAUCGAUGGUUCAGUGGAAAUGUCAGCAAACUGUCUUUUCAUUCUUUUCAAAUUACUUGAUUUUAAGAAAUCAAGACAUUUGUUGAGAAACGGUUACGAUUUGAUAUCGAUAAUAUCCGUCUUUUCGACAUUGAGUGAGCAAGAUUCCGAGUCUGAAGAAAAAAAGCACGAGAAGAACAAAUUUACUGUACAGAGACUCCAAAAAGCAUCGUUCUUGAUCUCCAUACUAUUAAAGAAUUUCAACGGGUUGAUGGCCUUCUCCAUAUUUAACUUUCGUAUGCUUCGAGACUUGUUGGACAAUCUUAGGAAAAAAAACAAUUUAGUCAGAGAGUUUAUCUUGGAUAUUCUUUUUGACGUUUUAAGAAUCAAAAGUUUACCUUGGUUGGCAAAAUCUUCAAUUGGAGAUGUCAUAAGGCUAUUCAAUUCAUAUCUCAAUUCAGAAAGUAAUGAUGAGGUAUUCAAUUACUCUACAAUCAACGAGGAUUCAUUUGAGUAUAGUCUUAUCAAUCAUUACCGGGGAUUAUUGACACUAAUUUUGGUCAAGAACGGGAUUUUUGACUUAUUGGUGGAGAUAAUAGACCAGAACACCAACGCAAAAAUUACAUCAAAAGCUACAUUAUUGCUUACAAACUUAUAUGCAAUGUGUAAUAAUCUAUUGCCUUUGGAAUUAAUUGAGAAGCACUUGAUAUUUUCCAACAUAUCUUCUCAAUCUUCUUUUGAGAUUGACAAGUCCACAAGAAACAAAUUUGUGCCAACUCGAAAUUACAAUGCCUCCUUGAAGGUGCAUUUGAGGAAAAUCAAUAUUUCCUCACGAUACAACAUUGAUGACAUAGAAUUCAAAGCUAUGAUUUCCAAUACCAGAAUUCUAACCGUUAAAGAGUUUGAGGAUUGGAACUGGUCACUUUUGUUAAUAUUGAUCCAGGGUCCAUUAUCUAACCCAAAACGGUUUGAAGAAGUCUUGGAAAAGAGUCCCAAAUUUUUUAAAAGAUUGAUGUCAUUUUUCAGGCCUUUUAAAUUCAGGUUUUGCAAUAUAUCAGUCAAUUCAAGGAACUCCUCGAAAUUUAUUAAUAUUGGAUGUCAACUCAUUGAGCUAUUCCUAAGUCUAGACGCUGGGGUUAAAUACCUUGCGACAAACAAAAUUUUGCCCCAGUUGACCGAGAUCUUGGCUCAAAUGGAUCCAUAUAGUGGUAUAACGGCAAAGGAGCCCAUACUUUCACGCAAGAGAUUAGAAAAUAGCGUCAGCUAUGGGUAUCUUAAGUUUAUUGGAAAUUUCAGUGGUUCUGCAGCCGGACUUGCAUUACUUGAACAUUGGCAAAUUUUCACUAUCCUUCAAAAUAUCAUCGAUACAAGUAUCAACAAUAACAACAACAAUUUGUUUAUCCUCACAUUAUUUAGAAGUGUUGAUUUCUCAUUGGAUUCGCAAUUUAGAACAAUCUUGCUCAAAAGUUUCAAAGUAUCAAACACAAAGAUUAAAAUGUUUAUCAUCAAGGAAUUGCUACCGCGCCUUAUUAAUGAUAAGCAGUGUGAAGUCUUUGUGAUUAAAAUGUUGGUCAAUAGUCUUUACAAUCCCAACACGGAAAUUGUUCAGUUACUGGUGAAUAUGUUGAAUAACUACUACCGAUCACGUAGUUACCAUGGCAUGGAGUUCUUGAUAAGUAUGAAUCCUUCUAUCUAUGUUCUUUCUACCGUAAAAGGUGGUGAGAAUUUAUUAGUCAAUUUCUUAUCAAUUCCCGAGGGUUUUAAGUACUUGGAGGAUAGUGGAUUCAUUGAUAACGAGUUUGAAAAAUGGGUGGGUAUGAAAGACUUUUCAUAUUUGAACCGAAUUGAAAGACUCAUACAAGAAAGCUUCUAUCCAUUUGUGGGCUCGACUCCAAGUAUUAUUUCAAAGGUACAUUUAGAAUGUGAUAACGGAAUUCCUGCCCAACCUAUUGCAAAUUCUUUCUGUUCACUUCACUUCUUCAAGUAUCUUCUUUCUACUGAGGAAGGUCUCAACUAUUUUUCCAAUUUUAAGCAGCGGAAUUACCUUGACCAAAUUAUUAAUGAAAUCGAGAUUAUCUCGGCACAAUUGAAAGCUCAAGAUGGUCAAGCAGAACUUGAUAAUAGAGAUUAUGGUCAUAUGUGCUUGAUUAACAAUCUCAAACAAAACCUUUGGAUAAUUGGUAAUAUUGCACUGGGUAAGUAUGGUAUUCAGCUAUUAGACCCUCUCUACAGUGUUACCUUGAAGAAAAAUAUUAUCGAGACUAUAUUCGAAUUGUUCGAAUCAUGCACGAUAUGGCAAAUAAGAGGACUUUGCUUCUACAUCAUUGGAAUGAUCAGCUCCACUAUCGAGGGUAUCGAAAUAUUGGAUGAAUUGGAAUGGGUUGGUGUAUGUGACUACUAUAACAAGAGUAAAUGUUUAGCAUAUCCAAAGGAAGAUAUCGCGGAUAUUUUCAAUGUGGAGAUCUCCAAUCCUUAUAGGGAUCGCAAUUAUUUCUGGUCAAGAAAUGGAACUUCGUUGGAUAAUAAGAAUAAAGCAGGAUACUUCCCUGGAUCUUCAUUAUACACCCAAAACCUUUCCACUUCAAGUCUUGAUCUAGUUGAUGUGGAGAACGAGGAAGAUGACUUUUUGAGCUUAAACAAUUUACAGAAAGUGAAUGAGAGGAUCAUCUCGCAAAUUCAUUACCUCAAUUCGGUGUUAGGAAAAAUAGAACGCAAGGCACAUAAAGAGUUGUUGAAGAUAAAAAAGACUACUCCAGAGAUCUUCAACAGCCCUCAUCUAUUCUUGGAAGUGGUGAGAGUUAUUGAUCGGGGAAAUUUCAAGUUUCAAAAACGAAAGUUUAUCUUUGAACUCUUCCUUGAUACAGAAGUGUUGGAAAGCAUAUCUAGAAAGGAAAGAAAGAAUUCCAUGAAGCAAUAG